CGCACAGUCAACAACUGCCUCUGAAUAUCUAAUCAAGAAAAAGAAACACUUUUCAUCCACAACUUUAAAGAAAGCAUACGAAAGAUGCACGGAUAUCGAACCUACAACAUGGACAGCCAUCAUGCCCACCAACACGACGCCAGUCCCGUGGACCAGAAGCCUCUGGUUGUGGACCUUUUGGCCACCCAGUACGGCAAGCCCCAGACACCGCCUCCCUCCCCAAAUGAAUGCCUAUCCAGUCCGGAUAACUCUUUGAACGGCAGCCGCGGCUCGGAGAUUCCCGCCGACCCGUCGGUCCGUCGCUACCGCACCGCCUUCACUCGUGACCAGUUGGGUCGUCUCGAAAAGGAGUUCUACAAGGAGAACUAUGUCUCCCGUCCCCGUCGCUGCGAACUGGCCGCCCAGCUGAAUCUCCCGGAGAGCACCAUCAAGGUGUGGUUCCAGAAUCGCCGCAUGAAGGACAAGCGCCAGAGGAUUGCCGUCGCCUGGCCCUAUGCCGCCGUCUACUCUGACCCUGCCUUCGCCGCCUCCAUCCUCCAGGCUGCUGCCAACAGUGUGGGCAUGCCCUAUCCUCCGUACGCUCCUGCCGCCGCUGCCGCUGCUGCUGCUGCCGCCGCCGUGGCCACGAACCCCAUGAUGGCCACAGGAAUGGCCACUGGAAUGCCACCGAUGGCCAUGCCCCAGAUGCAAGCCAUGCAGAUGCCCGGACAUUCGGCCCAUGCUGGACACCCCUCGCCCUAUGGACAGUACCGCUACACACCCUACCACAUCCCCGCUCGCCCGGCUCCGCCACACCCCGCUGGCCCUCAUAUGCACCCGCACAUGAUGGGAUCCAGCGCAUCGACCUCUUCAUAUUCCGCCGGAGCCGCCGGUCUUUUGGGUGCCCUGCCUUCCGGCUCCUGCUACCCCGGAUUGGCUGUGGGUGUGCCCAAGACCCAGACACCGCCGCUGGAUCUGCAGUCCUCCUCAUCGCCGCACUCCUCCACGCUGUCGCUCUCGCCAGUGGGAUCCGAUCAUGCCAAGGUGUUCGACCGCAGUCCAGUUGCUCCUCCAGCUCCCGUUCCAUUGACCACCACCAGCCCGCUCCCUGCUCCCGGUCUCCUGAUGCCCAGUGCCAAGCGACCAGCCUCCGACAUGUCGCCGCCACCAACGACCACCGUGAUUGCGGAGCCCAAGCCGAAGCUCUUCAAGCCCUACAAGACUGAGGCGUAAGCCCCUGAUCUCGAUAUCACGCAUCCUGAUUCCCCAAAGAUUGUACAAACUAGUUUUAGUCAGCCCCUGCUAUUUAUUCCCGAAGAUUGUACCAUACUGUAAAGUAAAGUCAAAGUUAAAGUUAAAGUUAAAGUAGCUAAUUGUAGUCGUAAUUAAGGCACAAAAUCAAAAAUAAAUGCGAAAAUAUUUGAAAAUUA